CAACAGGGCACCGUCCCCGCCGGACCACGUCGCCGGCCGCGCCGCGGGGUAGGAUAAGGAUGCCACUGCAGCCCUCGGCCUCAUCGUCGCCCCAGAUGCGCCUCACCCACUCCCCCUCGCUCUCCAUCGCAUCUCCCCUCUUCCUUCCCCUUCUGCCGACACAUGUCGUCGCCGUUCUUCUCGCACCGCCACGGCGACCGUUGACCCCGAGCCUCACCGCCGUGUCCGAGAGCUCCGCUACGGUCGCCCACGUCGACUACGCCGAGCCGUUCGAGCUGAGGAGCCCCAGCGCCGGCGCCAGCGUCGUCUUCCUCCUCGAAUCCCCGCCGCCGUUCGACGACAAAUCUGGCGCCAGCAAGCCUCCUCGAGCCCGCUGCCCUCCCCUACCGGACCACAACCCUGAGACUGAUGCUGCCCCUGUGAUCGACUACGUCGACGACGACACUUCUUCCUUUUCAGAAAAGCUUCCAGGCAAGCCCCCCCCUUUGAUCAUCCCGAUAUCGCCCAUUCCAUUCUCUCAUGCUUGCAUUAGAUUUUGCUACUGUAAUUGUUUGCUCCUAUUCUGAUGCAUAGCCUGCUUUUGUAUCUGCUGUUGUACCUUACCUGUUUACCUGUUUAUCUUUUGUAUCUGCUUUUGUAUCUCCAACGUAUCUAUAAUUUUUGAUUGUUCCAUGUUAUUAUAUUAUCUGUUUUUGAUGUUUAAUGGGAUUUAUUAUACACUUUUAUAUUAUUUUUGGGACUAACCUACUAACCAAAGGCCCAG